AUCGUAAAAUUUAUGGAGGAAUUUUGAGUUGAAUAAGCUGGGAUAAAAAAUCAUCUUUGUAAUUUGUAGUUAAAAAUUAAAAUUCAAAAAUAGAAGGCCAUGUUAUGACGUCAUGCUAGUAACAUUGUGAAUGUUUGGACUUUUAAUUGAUAAAAUUGGGUUCUAAAAAAUCUUAUCAAAAUAUAUGAGCUGGUCGUGUUAGGACAGACUGAGUGAAUCUUUACAUCAUUUAUUUAAUUUAUUUUUUAAAUGCACACCAUAGACUAUCUUAAUCCAAUAUGACGAACGAAGAAGAAACUGAAGACCAGAUAACUUCUCACGAAACUGAAGAACGCAAUCGUCAGCAAAAUGUUUCACAAAAAAGAACCCGAUUUGACGAAGAUUUACAAUACGAAGCAAGUGAUUUGAAACAAGAAACCGAAAGUGUCAUCAAACUCAUCGUUCCUGUUUCUGUAUGCAUGCUAAUCGUAAUUUUAUCGUUAGGCAAUAUUGAUUUCUUUACCGAAGAUACUACACUUGACGGAGCAAUAUGGUUCGUUGAAGCUGGUGGUUCAAAAAAACCGUUUUCUAUUUGGGUAAAUGUUGUAAUAGCAUUGUUUUUGAUCAUCUUCAUAAUCAUUAUUACCUUCAUACUCAUCGCGCUUUAUGUGUACAGGUUUUAUAAGGUGUUAAAAACAUGGUUCGUACUUACAACAUUAUUAGUUUUGUUCAUCUUCAGCUACAUUUAUUUCGAGUAUUUUUUGAAAACAUACAACUUACCAAUGGAUAUUUUCACGGCAGUACUACUCCUUUGGAAUUUCGGUACAGCUGGCAUUAUUUGUAUAUAUUGGAAAGGGCCUUUGAAACUUCGACAAGUUUAUUUAACACUGAUAGCUGCCCGAAUAGCGUUGGAGAUUAUUAAAACGCUAUCUGGAUGGACAAUUUGGAUUCUAUUAUUUCUUGUGUCGAUUUGGGAUAUAGUAGCUGUUUUGGCACCUAUUGGACCAUUAAAAAUACUCGUUGAAACUGCCUUGGAACGAAACGAGUCGCUUUUUCCAUCGCUGAUUUAUUCCACUGUUGUUUAUAAUUCAGCGAUAGCAAUCGACAAUGAAGAGGAGACUGAAUCAAAUGAAAGUAUUUCCAACUCAUCAACUACAGAAAAUGAAAUUACAGUCGAAGUAGAUGAUAAUGAACACCAUAAUUUGAACAAACGAAGUAAUACCAUUGAGCCCACAAACACUGAAUCUCCCAGCUCGACCACAUCCGGUGAACCUCGAAAGCGAAAGUUGAAACGCCAACGGUCAAAAGCGAAUAAGAAAAGAACGAGACGCGAAGAUGGUGGAGCGCAAUUAGGUCUUGGAGACUUUAUUUUUUAUAGCAUUUUAUUGGGAAAAGCGUACAUGUAUGGAACGUGGAUUUCUGCUAUAGCUUGUUACGUAGCUAUUUUGAUCGGAUUAUGUAUCACAUUCAUUUUGUUACUAUGGAUUAGAACAGUUUUACCAGCCCUACCUAUUUCUGUCGCAUUGGGAUUAGUAUUUCAUUUGUUCUUCGGAGGUACUAGCACAGUUCAUCCAUUCCACGAUUUACUAGAGCUUAAUCAGAUAUUUAUAUGAACUAUGAAGCGAUAAAAAAUUUAGGUAUUUAAAAUUUCUAUCAAACAUGAAAUGAUCUCCGUUCCAUUGCCUUUCUCCUCGAUUGGUAGGUAAUGUCAUCAUCUUGCAAUCUGUUGAUCUUUACAUUCAAAUAAACUUUUUUUUUUG